GUGGCCGGCUCAAGACGCCCAACAUCAGUACCACGAUUCCUGCGGCGUGAUGCGUUUCAUACCAGCUUUCAUCCAAUAGAAGUUUACACAACACCAAAAUUAAAAGUACAAAAAGGAAAGACAAUACAAUACAAAAAAACGUAAAGAAAGAAGGAAGAAAUUAAUAGGAAAGGGAUCGAAAUUCUUUGCUCCCCCUUUUAUUUUUUCUACGCGCUAACACACCCACAUCCAGACUGCCUAAAAACCGGGCGGUGCAACAAAAGCCUGUCUUAGUCGAAGAUCGUGAUCCGAUUCAGAAGACCGUCCUCCACCAAAAUGCAGCAGCAGCAACAGCUCCUGGUAGUCGCGAUGAUCGCCGUCAACCUAUUCUUAGGUGGCGUCGAGGCGCAGAACUUCAAGUGUCCCGAAAGGACCGGAUACUUCCCGGAUCCGGUGCAGUGCGACGCCUACUAUCUUUGCUCGAAAGGAGACGCCGAAGAGAAACUAUGUCCCGACGGUCUCGUCUUCGACGACAGGGAUCCGAACCACGAGAGAUGCGACAUUCCUGCCAACGUCGACUGCGAGGAUCGCACGGAAUUACAGGAACCUCAACCAUCGAAGGGAUGUCCAAGGGCCAACGGUUACUAUCGUCAUCCAGACGUCGAUGCUUGCGAUAAGUUCGUGAACUGCGUCGAUGGUGUUUAUCACGAGUUACCUUGUCCACCCGGUCUCAUCUACGACGAUACCGCCAGCACUUGCGCGUGGCCAGCAGAGAGCCGCAGAAGGGAUUGCAUGAAGGCCAAGAAAGAUUCCCUCGACGACGGAUUCUCCUGCCCAGACGGUGACGUUUUAGGACCUGGAGGAAGGAACCUUCCUCAUCCGACCUUCCCCCAUCCCGACGACUGCCAGAAGUUCUACAUCUGCAGGAACGGAGUUCAACCGCAGAAGGGUUCCUGCUCCGCAGGAUUCGUCUACAACGAGGAGACCUUCACCUGCGACGAUCCUGCCAACGUACCUGGAUGUGAGAAGUAUUACGACGAGAAGCCAAGCGGCAAGAAGAACUAGACUAACUAAAUUUUUAUCCUAAUUUUUAGAUGUUAAUAAUCAUAAGUACGUUUACAUUUAAUACUAUUUUUCGA